AUUACCAAGCUCUCCAGAUACGUUCAGGGAGGCGCUGGUGACAGUCAGGGAGCUAUCUGCCCAGAGUUUCUCUGGUGUGUGCGGGACUCGGAGCUGGAACUUUGGAUUGGUGACUUCAGGCUGGUUGCAGAUGACUACCUGAAUGACGUUCUCAUCAGCGGCCAAGGCUCCCGUGGCAACGGUUCGGUCAGCUAUUUCCUGAGGCAGUAUUUCCGCGAGAGGAGAUGCUUCGAGUUCAGCCAUCCAUGCCCCGAGGCCGAAGGUCAGAGGCUGGAUGAGGUCCUGGAGGGGCAGCUGGACCGCAAUUUCCAGUUGCAGACGGAGAGGCUGAGGGAACACAUACUGGACACUAGAGCCAAAAGCCUGGCCAGAAGCCACCCAAUCAAUGGACAGAUGUUGGCGAGGAUGAUCAAAGACUGCGUGAGCUGCCUGUGCCAGGGUCGUGCCAUAGUCCUAGACGAGCUGUAUGGCACUGUGCCGCGGGUGGAAGAGACAGUCAGGAAGGGGCCGUGCCAAACCAAGACAGAAAGGAUAGUUCCUCUCGCAAAGCCAAGUGAAGACAGAGCCCCGUGGAACAUGGAGAAUCCCGUGUGUUUGAUCGAGAACAGUGAGUCUGGUGAACUGCUCAUCAACCAGAAGGCUGUGGACGAUAUCCUGUCGAAGAUCAAGCAGCCCGUUGUGGUGGUAGCGAUCGCUGGUCUGUACCGUACCGGCAAAUCCUACCUCAUGAACAAACUCGCUGACAGGCGGAAAGGUUUCUCGCUGGGAUCCACCAUCCAGUCCCAAACGAAGGGCAUCUGGAUGAUGUGUUUGCCUCACCCGCUCCAGCGCGAUCAUUGCCUCAUCUUAUUGGAUACUGAAGGCCUCGGAGAUGUGGAGAAGGGCAAUACAAACAAUGACGCCUGGAUCUUUGCGCUCUCUGUGCUCCUGAGCAGUAUGCUGGUCUACAACAGCAUGGGCACCAUCGAUCAGUACGCACUCGACAAGCUCCAUUACGUUACAGAGCUGACCGACCUCAUCAAAGUGAAAUCGGGGGGAGGGGAGGACGAGUCCACAGAGUUCACUCGCUUCUUCCCGGCUUUUGUCUGGUGCGUGCGGGAUUUCUCCCUGGAGUUGAAGUUGGAUGGCAAGAUGGUGACGGAGGACGGGUACCUGGAGAACGCUCUCAAGCUGAAGCACGGUUCCAGUAAAAGUAUCCAGGUGUACAACCUGCCGAGGGAGUGCAUCAGGAAUUACUUCCCCAGUCGCAAGUGUUUUGUGUUUGACAGACCGGCCGAUAAGGAGACAAUGUGGAGCCUGGAGCAGGUCGCAGAUUCCCAGCUGGAACCUGAAUUUGUGAAACAGACCCAGAAAUUUGUCCAGUAUGUGUACAGCACGGCCCGGACCAAGACAUUGAAAGGAGGGCACCCAGUGACUGGCCAGAUGCUGGGAGCCCUCGCUGUCACCUAUGUGGAUGCUAUCCGUAGCGGGCAGAUCCCAUGCCUUGAGAGCGCGGUGCACACACUGGCAGACAUUGAGAACACGGCCGCUGUACAGGAGGCAGCUCAGGCCUACCAGGAAUGGAUGGAAAAACGGGUCAGUCUCCCCACAGAGACGGUGGAGGAGCUAUCAAAGGUCCACAACCAAGUUCUCCCUGAGGCCCUGAAGCUGUUCAUGAGGCGCUGCUUCAAUGACAAAGGCCAGAGGUACCAGGAGCAGUUUACGAAAGAGGUGGCUAAAAUGUACGCAGCCAUUUGUGACCAGAACAGAGAAAUAUCUGUGGACAUCUCGAGCAGAGCCAUCUUGGAUCUGGGAGCAGUGAUCCAGAAGAAGAUCCAACAAAGAUCUUACAUGAAGUCAAGAGGAUACUCUGAGUAUGAGAAGGACAUGGCCAAGCUGGUGAAGCAAUACCGGGCAACACCGGGGAAAGGAGUCCAGGCUGAUCAGGUUCUCCAGAAUUUCCUGGAAAAGAGGCAGCAACUCGCGGAUGCCAUCCGAGCUGCCGAUAACAGUUUGUCGGCUGCAGAAAAGCAGAUGAAAGCUGCACAGGAGAAGGCGGAAAUGGCAGAGCAGGAGCGGAAAGUAAACGCAGAGGAGAGACGUGCCGCUGAGCAGCGUCUGUUCGACGAGAGGCGGGCGAUGGAGGAGAAUCUCGCUCAGCUGAAAGAGAAAGCAAAGCAAGAACAGGCCCAACUGCUCGAGGAACAUGAGAAAGUCCUGAACCAGAGGCUCCAGGAGCAGGAGAAGCUGAUCAAGGAUGGAUUCCAGGGCCGUGCGGAUGAACUGCAGCAAGAGAUCGACUCUCUGAAAAAGGAGAAGGAUAAGGCAGCAUCCCCUUCCUUUGUGGAUAUGGCUAUUGACACAGCAAUUCUAACAGUACCUGGCUUUUACAAAGCUAUCCCAAUCGCUGCCAAAGUAGGGAAAUUUCUGUGGAAUAAGUUCUUCUGAGUGUUAUCUGUGCCAGCUGUAAACAAAGCCCCAGCCCCCAACCCCCCAGAUCAGUGGAAUGAAGACCACUCUGCAUGGUGCAACCAAAUGACAGCAGAUAUUAGCGAGGGAGAGAGGCCAUCGCUGCAUGCUGGGAAAAUGAAGGCUUCUCAGGGAGGUGUCGUUAAAGAUCACGGUGAACAGGCAAAGUCCAUUAUGAAUAUCCCAUAAAACCACUCAGCCAGGAACUGAUGUAUUUAUAAGACAGUGCUGUCGGAAACUUCUACUCACCUCAUCCUGUCAUGUCUGAGUGUUAGUGAGACUUGGGUGGACGUGGGACAUGUGCUUUUAGCAGGUCUUGCUGAUUCCAGCCCUGAGGGUGCAGCUCAAAAUCAGUCCUGUUUUGUAGCUUCACUCCUUCUUUAGUGACUGGGAUCUUGUUCUGAGCUCUCUCUGUCUCUGUCUCUCUGUUUUGAAAACUGCUGUCUCUCUCUGUCUCUGUUUUAGAACCCUCUCUCUCUCUCUCUCUCUCUCUCUCUCUCUCUCUCUCUUUUAUAAACUGCUGCCUCUGUCUUCAGAGCUGCUGUCUGUCUGUCUCGCUCUGUUUUAGAAGCUGCUCUCUCUCUCUCUGUCUUCCCACCCCGGCCAUCUCUCUAUUUUAGCUCCUCUGUUUUAGAAGCUGCUCUUUCUCUCUCUUCCCACCCUGGCCGUCUCUCUGUUUUAGCUCCUCUCUCUGUUUUAGAAGCUGCUCUCUCUCUCUCUUCCCACCCUGGCCGUCUCUCUGUUUUAGCUCCUCUCUCUGUUUUAGAAGCUGCUCUCUCUUUCUGUUUUAAAAUGUGAUUGAACAGUGUUUCGCCAGUCUUCCUCUGCACAUAACCUCUGUGUUUGCUGUGCUCUGCUGUGUGUGUGUGUGUGUGUGUGUGUGUGUGUGUAGUUUAUGAUCGGGUUUGAGUUUCAGCUGUGACAAUUAUGGUUUAAUUGUGUACGCCUUUCUCAGUGUUAGGGACUGAUUGAGUUUUGGUAAUAAAUGAUACGGUGUGUUGCA